AAGGGUGGAGGAUAUUAUACAAUGUGCAAUUUAUGAAAAUAGAAUCCCGCAAGACUUUGUAGCUAGCAGAAAUGAAGAAGCAAUUAGCAUCAAGGCGUUUGCUGAUGUGGGUUAUGGUACAUUUGAGCAUUUCAGGAGUGUUGUCCAAGUCCAACCACACCACAACUUCUGUAGUGUGCGAUGGCUCCGUAGAGGACUGCCUCAACGUUCACCACUUGGACUCACAGCUUCCCACCAUCUCCAGCACCCACUUCCGCAGAAUCCUUGCCGGAGUCAUCAAUCCUGUGACUGCACUUACGAAUAAUCCCGCCACUUCCGCCGGCUGUCCGAGUUCCCACGGUUAUGUCAAGUGUGGGGCCGCAACUGGUUCGGGUCAAGACAGCCGAUGUGCUGAUAAAAAUGCCUACUAUAAGCCUUGCCAUUAUAUUCAAUAAUAUAUGAUCGCCACAAGCUAUUUAUGUAUUAUUUCUAAUGCUUUUGCUUCCUCCCUCCCUCUAUCCACUGUUGUUGUCCAAUGUCUCUAUUAUUGUGCAUUUUUCCGUUAUUGCAAUAACAAUAACUCCGUCCCCUGAACUGGACAAAUUCCGGGGAAUAGAUUCUGAACAUGUAUAUGUAUGCUUUUCUGCUUUAUAUUUACUGAUGGAUUAUUGGAUUCUAA